GGACGGCCUCUUAUCACUGGCUGCCCUGGCUAUGAUCCCAGCCGGCGGUUAGUUAAGUUUGUGGCUGAGGCUCCCGAGGCGGCCCUGGUCCUUAUGGCGGCGGCGGCCGCGGCCCUGGCAGCGGCUGACCCCUCUUCCGCGAUGCCUCAGGCGGCAGGGGCCGGAGGGCCCACCGCCCGCCGAGACUUCUACUGGCUGCGUUCCUUUCUGGCAGGAGGUAUUGCUGGAUGCUGUGCCAAAACGACAGUUGCCCCGUUGGAUCGAGUAAAGGUUUUAUUGCAAGCUCACAAUCACCAUUAUAGACAUUUAGGAGUAUUUUCUGCAUUGCGUGCUGUUCCCCAAAAGGAAGGAUACCUUGGCCUAUAUAAAGGAAAUGGUGCAAUGAUGAUUCGAAUUUUUCCCUAUGGUGCAAUCCAGUUUAUGGCAUUUGAGCAUUACAAAACGUUAAUUACUACAAAGCUGGGAGUUUCAGGUCAUGUGCACAGAUUAAUGGCUGGAUCCAUGGCAGGUAUGACAGCAGUUAUCUGUACUUACCCUCUUGACAUGGUUAGAGUACGCCUAGCAUUCCAGGUGAAAGGGGAACACACCUAUACAGGAAUUAUUCAUGCUUUCAAAACAAUUUAUGCAAAGGAAGGUGGUUUCCUUGGAUUUUACAGAGGCCUGAUGCCUACUAUAUUAGGAAUGGCUCCAUAUGCAGGUGUUUCAUUUUUUACUUUUGGUACCUUAAAGAGUGUUGGGCUUUCCCAUGCUCCUACCCUUCUUGGCAGACCUUCAUCAGACAAUCCUAAUGUCUUAGUUUUGAAAACUCACAUAAACUUACUUUGUGGUGGUGUUGCUGGAGCAAUAGCACAGACAAUAUCGUAA